AUGAGCACCGUUUCACCAGCUUCUCUCGAAGAAAUAUGCCUGAGCUUUAUCAGUGCUAAUAUUGAAGAUUUAUGCCACAAGGAUGUUCAAGGUGUCCAGUACGGCGAGGUUUCUUGUCAAAAACUUAGUUUCAUUUCUCCGUUAUUUCUCCACGAACACCUGGCAGACAAUAUUAUGAGAUGUCUCUCCCGUGAUGGAAACCUGACAGAUAGGACUGCAUCUUUAUUUGUUGAUCCGCGCAGAUGUAGAAUCAGAAAUUUCAAUCUCAGGAAAUGUCAGUUGAGUUUUUCAGUGCUGAAACUACUCCUUGGAAAACACAGAGUUGAGAAACUAGACUUAACUGAAACAAAAAUGUUCUCCUCGUCUUUAUUUUUUCUACUGCUGAAUGGAAUGUCAUCGACAGUUAGGGAGUUAAAUUUGAGUUGCACAUCAUUUGUCUUAGACUUUGCUGCCAUGAAGCCACUGAGCUGUUUGACCCAUUUGGAUGUGAGCCAUUGCACUCCUAUAAAUGACCACUUGAUGUCGGUUGCUGCACAGAAUAUGGAUCGUUUACAACACAUUAAUGUCUCUAACACUGCGAUAAGACAUGUCUCUUCAUUUGGGAAACUGAGAGGUCAGCUGAAAACAUUAAUCGCUUUUAACACACCAGUAGCAUGGACAAAACCUGCUGAGUUCAAGGACUUUACAUUAUUACAAAAGCUUGAUAUUUCAAGAAGCUCUGAUAAUGAUUGGCACCACGAUGGGACGAUAGAGUCUAUAAAAUUUGAUGAAAUGCUUACAGACCAAUGUAUGAUGCCAAACCUGGUCUCUCUGGAUAUUUCAGGUGUUUCCGCAGUAACAGCAGACGCUUUGCAGUCAUUUCUUAGUUCUCAUCCUAAACUUGAGUUCCUUGGCCUUUGUUUGAUGUCACGGAAUUUACAAGAACAACUGGAAAGAAUUUCUCCUCUUCUUAAGGUAGAAGUAUCAUAAUAAUAUAAUGAACUAAUAAUAUGAAACAGUGAAAAAAAUUUCGUUGUUUUGAACCAGAAUGGUGGAAAUCCUUAAAGUUUACUGGAAAUAUUUUGCAAUUUUCAUAAAAUGCCUUCAGAGUUCCAUAUUGUUCAGAGACUUGAUGUGAAGUCUAUACUCAAACCUCAGUGGCCCAUUUUGCUGCAGCUUAUCCCAGUUUACUUAGCAUGAAGCAACUUAGAAUGAUACUUAUAUACUCCCUCCUUGGACAGGAUCCCAGUCUAUCACAAGAUUACCCCCAACAAUCAUCAGGUUCUUUUCAAAGUGCCUUAUCAGAGUUUAAGUCACAUUACACUUAUGUGCAGUACAACUUGAUAUGGCUUUUAACUUAAGGGAUAUGUGACUUGGCUGCAUAAUAUUUAGUGUAAUUUUCUAAAAUAUUUUUAUUGAUCAACUGCUCUUCAUAAGCUUCUCCUCAUACUAUUUGCAUCUCAAAGUCAACAAUCAAAUUAACUGAUGUAGCUUCACUUUCAUCAGAUUACAGGUGAAGCUACUGAGAAACAGAUCCUUUGUUCAUUGCAAAUGUACCCAGACAGAGCUGAUUACAUGAGAGAAGCUUUGAAGAGAUUGAGUUGCAUCAAUAAUCAUUGGACAGCAAGAAAACCACAAAUUCUCAAGGUACACAACGAAAUGGCUCACUUAAUAAACUUAAGGUUUAUUAGGGUCCUUUGAGCUGUAACAGUGAUCAUCAUAUCCAGAAAAAAAUUUUUUAACCUAUAUUCAUUUUGAACUACAUUUUCUGAUUUAUGACAGCAGCAAUGUGAGUAUUUAACCCCACUGACUUAACAACCACAAGCAGGUUUUUCAUUAAGUUUAGAAAUUGCAGAAUUCACUACCUGCAGUGCAGAAUUCUCCAACUACAGUUCAAAGGCCUAAGGAAUUUUGUUUUCAUUCUUACUGCAUUUCCUAUGAAAACCCUGCAGAACUGAAAAAAAUUCUUUCGAGAAUGUUGUCUCUUAAUAUUUUUCUUUGUCAAAGGGGAAAGUCUUACCUAUAUGAUGCUUUGAAAUCCUUAGGAUUUAAAAUUAGUUUAAUUCUUCUUAAUUCCAUUUGUACAGCUUGUUCUUACUCCACUGGAAAAACAUCUGGGUGAUCUCCAUGUUCAAGUAGGGGCUAUGUAAGUUAAUAUUCACAAAGAUUCUUGAAUAGUUAUGAUAAUUAUUCAAAAUAAAACAAUUUUGUUUAUUAAAAUUAAAAAAUUUUCUAAAAAUUUUGAUUAUUUUCAAAUCAAAGUUUUGACCAUAGAAUGAAUGUUCUUUUGAAUUCAGAACUUGCGUAUUAAAAAUUAUCAGAGAAAAAGGAGGGGAAGCAGGGCCAGAAGUGCAUCCCCAUUUGUUAAGGUAAAAUUAUUUCUGGAUACAUGAUUAGGUAUGGUUAAAACACUUUCAAAACAUUAUUAGGGGGCUGGUGUUGUUGUACAACAGAAGAUAACAAUAGUAUUCUGGGCAACCAGGCGGUCACCAUGGCAAUCAAACCCCAGCCCUCCUUUAAUGCCUGUCAACACAACACAAAAAAACCAGUGUUUGAAAUGGUUAAUGUAGUACUCAAAAGUUGGCAGUUAAGCGAGAGGGGUGGGGAGUGCAAACCCUCCAUGCCCCCCCUCCCUUCUGAAUCUCAUUUGUCAAAACACAGCCUUAUCAAUCUUAGGAAGAGAGGUGGUAAUUUUCUCUUUAAAUUUAUUAUUUGAUUUGUUAAAAUGGAAUAAUUAGUCAGAAUCUUUUAAAGUUAAAAUGCACUUUGUGCAAGUUAUUCCCCCAACUUGCUUACUCUGACAACAGAAUGAUAUCCAAUGUGAUUAUUUUUAGUUAUAUCUUCUGUUGGAUUUUUCAGUAAAGUUGCAUCUUUGGUUCUAUCAGCAAUGAGAACCUUUCCAGAAAAGCAUCAGGUAAGAAUUUGUUUUAUUUAUAUAUGAUAAAUGAAUCACGACAAACAGUAAUCUACCAUCAAAUACACUCUAUUAUGUCUUGAUUCUGCUUGAUCUUAUGACAAAAUGAUAGAAGAACAAUAUGAAAUAUCAGAAAAUAACCAGAGCAGAAUUAAUGUGUUCAUUGACUGAGUGCAAGGAACAGACAGGAAAUUUGUAUACAGCCUCAUGCCAAUAUUUUCCCGGUCUGCAUAACCUAACUCAAUAACUCAAUGUUUGUCAUGAUCAUUGCCCCUUUUCCUUUCUCUCCUUAGUUUUUGCGGAUCUGUAUGUUAAUUUUGCAGACACAACAAAUUCGUGAAAAAGCAGUAAGUAGAAAUGAUUCAAUUAUUGUAAAUCAUCUCCAGCAUGUUAAAUGAAUAGUGGCUGUAGAAUAUGGACCAAAAAUUUAGGCAGUAUAACUGUCAUGAGAUGUAUGUCACAAAAUAGAGUUAGGAAGCAAUAACUUUUAUUUUUACUCUCCAGACAUUCAACUACUUUGAAGCAUCAUGCUUGGUUAUGGAUGCUCUGUGCAAUUUCCAUGGUAACCAGGAUACUUGUCAGCUGGCUAUAAAGCUAUGUGCAAAUCUGUGUGCUAAGGUAUUGCAGUAUACAGAACUAACAAAUCCCAUAAAAAUUGCAUUUUUGGACAGAUUCUUUGCUCAAUUUGACACUCAAAUAUUGGAAAAGCAUGAGAAGCAUCCAUUAUUCAAGAUGUUUGCAGGAACUAAUAAAAGGGGAAAUGUUAAUGAAAGUUUGGAUAGAUGCUAGAAUCUGAACAACUCCACAUGCACCUACCCCUCCCCUAACCCAACAUUGACUUGACUUGUCAUCAGUUGGCUGUUGGUGGUUAGGGGAGGGGUACGUGUGUAAUUGCUCAGAUACUGACAUUGACCCAAAAUUUCAUUAGCAUUUCCCCUUGAAUUAGUAUACCUGCAGAUAUUUUGAAUAGUAAGUGCUUCUCCUGCAUAAAUAUGUACUUCUUCUUCCUUCCCCUCCUCUCUCUCUCUCUCUCUCUCUCUCUCUCUCUCUCUCUCUCUCUCUCUCUCUCUCUCUUUAUUGUUAAGUUACCUUGUUCACCAAAUUAGUAAACUCUUUCAUUCUCAGAAGUGAUUCUCAUAUAACUUCUUCCUAUAAUAUCCAUACAUUAUCCAGCAAACAGAUAACGAGAGUAUUCAAACUUAUCUGGUAGAAGUUCUUUAUAUUGAUCUAACACCAAAUUCCUGCAUCUAAUUUUCAAGGAAAUGUGUAGCAGCCAAAGGGGAGAAUUAACAAUCAGAUCUUUGAGUCUGCAAAGAUAUGCAUGUCUAGACAAUUAUUUUAAUGACUAAAACUAUUAACUCGAGUGGUUCCCUGCUGUAAUUUGAAGUAUCUAGGGUUACUAAUUAAAGGCUUUUCUGAUUCCACACCUGUGCAGUUGACUCAGCAAGAAAAACGUGCUCUUGGCUCAGAGAAAAACAUUAUGGUGAAGAGACGUAACAUAUUAAUCAAUAAAAUUAAAUUCUUAAUUCAUUUAAUCAGUGAUGUUAUUAAUCAAAGCAGCAUUUUUUGGCAUGAUAAUCAGGUAUUUAAAUAUCUCAAGUUGUGGUUGAUUAAAUUACAGUUCAAAGGCCAAAGGAAUUUUGUUUUCAUUCCUACUAAUACAUUUCUUAUGAAAACCCUGCAGAAGUGAAAAUAAUUCAUUUGAGAAUGUUGUUUCUUAAUCACAUUUUUCAUCGUUAAAGGGAAAACUCUUGUCUAUAUGAUGUUUUGAAAGCCUAAGGGUUUUAAACUAAUCAAAUUCUUUUUAAUUCCAUUUGCACAGCUUCUUCUCACUCAAAUGGAAAAACAUCCAAAUGAUUUCAACAUUCAAAGUGCAGCUAUGUAAGUUAUAAUAUUCACAAAGAUUGAUAAUAUUCAUUAAAGACGUUUAGUUAGGAUAAUCAUUCAAAAUAAAACAGGUUUGUUUUUUAUAAAACAAAUUUUCCAAAAAUUAUUUUUAAAACAUUAAGUUUUGACCCUAGUAUAUAAACAUUACAAUUUAUUAACAUUUUUUGGAUGUUCUUUUGAAUUCAGAACUUGUGUAGGUAACAUUGUCAUAGCAAGAGGAAAGGAAGCAGACCCAGAAGUGCAUCCUUAUUUCUUAAGGUAAAUUCUCACUGAAUACAUGAUUAAGUAUGUUUGAAAUACUUCCAAAGUGGUAUUAGAGGGCUGGUGUUGUUAAGCAACAAAACAUAGCAACAGCUCUCUUGGCAACCAGGUGGUCACCCUGGCAAUCAAGCUACAGCCCACCUUUACGCACCUAUCAACACAACGCAAAAAAUACCAGUGUGUUAAAUGGUUACUUACUCAAAAGUUGGCCAUUCAGGGAGGGGUGGGAAAGGAAGGGGAGAAGUGCAAACCCUCCAUGCCCCCCCUGCUACAUGUCAUUGGUUAAACCACUGCCUUGACAACCUGAGGUAGAAAGGUGGUUAAUUUUCACUUUUAUUAUUUGAUUAGAUAAAAGUUAACAAUUAGUCAGAGUCUUUUUAAGUUAACAUGCUGUUUGUACAUUCAAUGUGAUUAUCUUAAGUUAUCUUCUGAUUGACUUUUCAGUAAACUUGCAUCUUUGGUUCUAUCAGUAAUGAAAACCUUUCCAGAAAAGCAUCUGGUAAGAAUUUGCAUUAUUUAUGAUAAAUGAAUCAAGGCCAACAGUAAUCUACCAUCAAAGACUCUCUAUUGUGUUUUGAUUCUGCUUGAUCUUAUGAUAAAAUGACAGAACAAUGAAACAUUAGAAAAUAAUCAGAGCAGGAUGAAUGUAUUCAUCAACUGAGCACAAGGAACAGACAGGAAGUUCUUACAUAGCCUCAUGUCAAUAUUUUCAAGGUCUGCCUAAACUAACUCAAUCACUCAGUGUUUGUCAUGAGCACUGCCCCUUUUUCUUUCUUUCCAUAGCUUUUGUUGAAGUGUAUGUCAAUAUUGGGGUUAAAACAAGUUGUCACAAAAGCAGUAAGUAGAAAUGAUUCAAAUAUUGUAAAUUUAAUCUCCAGUGCAUUGAAGGAAUAUUGGCUCUAGAAUAUGCGCUGAACAUUUAGGGCAGUAACUGUUAAGAGAUGUAUGUCAUCAAUUAGAGUUGGAAACAAAUAACUUGAUUUUUACUUUGCAGACAUUCAACUACUUUGAAGCAUCAUGCUUGGUUAUGGAUGCUCUGUGCAAUUUCCGUGGUAACCAGGAUAUUUGUCAGCUGGCUAUACAGCUAUGUGCAAAUCUGUGUGCUAAGGUAUUGCAGUACAGUACAAACAAAUCCCCAAAAAAUUGCAUUUGUGGACAGAUUCUUUGCUCAAUAGGACAAGCAGGAGAAGCACUCAUUUUAUCAAGAUGUUUGCAGGAACUAAUUAAAGGGGAAAUGCUAAUGAAAGUUUGGAUAGAUGCUAGAAUCUGAGCAACUCCACACCUACCCCUCCCCUAACCCAACAUGAACCCCUAACUUGUCAUCAGUUGACUGUUGUUGGGUGAGGGGAGGUGUAGGUGUGCAGUUGUUCAGAUUCUGGCAUUGAUUCAAACUUUCAUUAGCAUUUCCCCUUGAAUUAGUGCCUGCAAACAUCUUGAAUAAUAAGUGCUCCUCUUGCAUGAAUAAAAACUUCCACCCCCUUCCCCCCUCUCUCUUUUAAUUGUUAAAUUACCUUGUUCACUAAAUUAGUUAACUCUUUAAUUCUCAGAAGUGAUUCUCAUAUAACUUCUCCCUAUAAUAUCCUUACAUAAUCCAGCAAACAGUUAACAAGAAUACUCAAACUUAUCUGCAUGGUAGAAGUUCUUUAUCUUGAUCCAACACCAAAUUCCUACAUCUAAUAUACAAGGAAAAGUGUAGCAGCCAAAGGGGAGAAUUAAUAAUCAGAUCUUUGAGUCUAUGAAGACAUGCAUGUCUGGACAAUUAUUUUAAUUAUUAAAACCAUUGGUUUAAGUGGUUCCCUGUUGUAAUUUGAAGUAAGUAUCUGGGUAAUACUAAUUAAAGGCUUUUCUAAUUCAUACCUGUGCAGCUUACUGAGGAAGAAAAACUUGCUCUUGGCUCAGAGAAAAACAUUAUGGUAAGAGACAUAACAUAUUAAUCAAUAAAAAUCAAUUUUAAAUUCAUUUAGCGAUUGUUAUUAUAUCAAAGCAGCAUUUUUUGGCAUGAUAAUCAAUUAUUUAAAUAUCUCAAGUUGUGGUUGAUUAAAUGUGUCUUCCAACUAUAAACUAGGUCUUUACUAAUCAUGCAGUUCAUUUUAAAAAUACAGACCAUGUUUAAUAUUAUUCAAGAAAAGAUCAGUGCAAGACAGGUAUGGAUCAGAUAGAAUUUGCAACACUAUAAUGAAAUAAUUUCAUAAUACAAAUGUCAUUUUUUUUAAUGGAGCAAGCAGAUUAAAGAAAGAUUAGGUUAGGCCUUGUGCACUCAGGGUCAUCACCAUUUUGGUUUAUUGCUGUAUGAUAUUGUUGCAAUGCCUUUGAGCAGAAUUUUUUUCAGUUUAAGAGAUAUGAUCAUCACAAUAGAGGAACACAAAGCUAGCACGUUUUCUAGAAAUAGAAAACAUGGGAAAGCCAAGACUUGAAUUAAGUUAAACAUUUUUUUAAGGUUACUUGAUCUGACUGUCAAUUCAAAUUAGCUGCUUUCAUAAUUAUAAUUAUAUUUUCUCAUUUUCUUUAUCUCAGUUGACUUGCAAUAAUUUUAUCCAAGAUUGUUAUAACCAAUAUCUCCUUCUAAGAAAUUGUUCUCUACCUUUUCAUCAUCAAUAAUUAUUAAUGAUAUUUUAGAUUACUUUAUGCAGUCUUUUUUUUUCUAGGAGGAUCUCACAUUGAGUAAUGCAUUUACUGUUCUAGAGAAAUUAACUGGUAUGCAAUGUUUUUUAAUGUCACUAUGACAAAGGGCUAACACUUUAUAGUGGCCAAUUAACAUUAUUAACCCUGUUGGAAUAGUAAAUUACUAGUUUCUUUAGAACUUACUCCCUUCACUUGAGCUAAACUCAGUUUUCAGCCUAAGGAGUGACCAGGAGACUGGUUGUCCAAGUAGAUAGGAUGUUGGCUCAUUGCAAGUUACUCACCCACCCCACCCACCUCUGCCAUUUCAUCUUUUUCUGAGAGUUUUUCCAAGGCAUUAUGAUAUUAUUAUAGAGUUCAGUGCUUUUCCCUAGAAUACAAUACAAUGACCCUUUCCCAAGUUCAGCAAACCAAGAGUUAAAGGCUCUUUCCAUGAGCUGUCCAGAUAAAAAAAUAGUUCUUUCUGACAUUUACAGAUGAGACACCGAGCACUUGUUCUCUGUUUGUUGAGAAAGGAGGUUUUCAAUUGAUGGUGCAAGGCCUGAAGGUAUACAAGAACAUUCUUUUCUAGAAACUGCCAAGUAAAUUCAAACAAACUGCCAGGAGGCUGUGUGGCUGAGUGGUUUAAGGGUGCUCAGGACUUGUAAUCUGGUCAUCCUGGGUUCAAUUCCUCUACCCUGCCAUUCAUUGGAUUUGUUCUCAGUCACCCCAAGUUGAACUCCCCAGCUGUGCUGUGUAAAUAGCUGAUUGGCCUGCCUCCUGGCAGUUGGAAUUUCAAGCACUGUAUGUUUUAUUUCAGUCACUGUAAAGUGCUAUUGAAUAGCAAUAGAAAUAGCUCAACAUUGUCCACCACACAGUAUCAAAUAGCAACAUGCACACAGCACAACAGAGUUCGAGUGUUUUUAAGUAAAUAUGUUUAAGGUUUUCACAGCUCCCACACACCCCUCAUCAACAAAACUGGGAUCAGACAGGAUCAGAUCAUGGAUCAGGUCAUGGAUUACAGAUGGGGUCAUCAGGAUUGCACCACGGAUUGAAAAAGAAAAGUUUAGAAAAGUAAAAAUCAGAUCAUUUAAAAAAUAAUAAUACUUAAAAUAUGAGAUCAAAAAACCUAAAAUAUAGUAAUUAAAUGAGAAAUGUUACAUGACAAACUAAAAUAAAGUUUGCAUAACAUAAUGGAGCUUAGGCCCCACUGGAAGUUUGUGUCCAUGACCCAGUCCAGCCCAAUCCAGAUUUUGUUGACACUGCCACACACUUACCCAAGUGCUAACCAUAGGCAUAGUGUUGCCAAAUAUAGUAUGGUUUUACUUCUUAACAGUGCAGUUACAGUCAACAAUUUUAUGUUUAAUCUGAUGCAUUAUUAAAUCAACUCUAGGUGUUCAGAGAAGGAAGCCAAGAGAAAAAUUUUGGAAUCAAAAAGGAUCUUCUUAUAGAACUGGUAAGCCAUUAAGAAAAGCCUAUUAAGCACAGGUCUACCACAAGGCUAAACAAUCCUGCUCUGAGUUUAUCAUUGAUUCUAAAGUCAUUGUGUAUAUGGUUUCCAGAGAUAACAUUUAAGUCUUCUGUGAUGAACAGUUACAGAAAAGUAGAAAUGGGAAGCUAAAUAUCAUGCACCAGGAAAGAAAAGGCAAUGACAGAGCAUUUAAAAACAUUUCAUGCCUUUGUUAAUCUAACUUUACCUUAGGAACCUAAGCAAUCACAAAUGAAAACCUCACAACUUUCAGCAUGACCACUGAACUCAGGCUGCCAAUUUGACACCCUUUGACCCUUGUUUGCCAAAAGCUUUUGCCAUUUGCCAUGGCUUCCAAAGUGGUCAAAGCUUAGAGGAGUGCCACAAUUUUUCAUAACAAUAAGGCCUCACUUAAAGAUUGAGAAUCAAAUGUGCCUUUGAGGUUUUUUUCCCCAGAUUGUGGAAAAUGUCUUGACAGCUACAAACAGGAAUCAGUCUAUAGCCCAAAGCAAUUGAAUUCAUUUUGAUCCUCAUUAUUCUGUUUUAGAACAUUAUUGCUGAGGUCCCAAGUCUGAGGCACUUACUUGUCACAGAUGAAUUCAUGAAUCUUAUGGGGUAAUGUCUUUUUCUGUUUGACAAAUGUUUGAAAACAAGUUAGGAAUGUCGAGUUUGUUUGCAACAAAUUAAAGUGGCUUUGAAUUUACACAUCAAGUGAUUUUUCAAAGCUUUGCAACAAGAUCAAAUUCAACAAUUCAGACUGAAAGGCACAUGAAGCUAAUUAAAAAUUAGACUGAGUGUUUUUAAGAGCUGGAGGCUGUUAAAGUAGUGUGGCUUAUAGCCGCAAAUGCUAAUCACUCGUAUUUCAAACUUUACUAGAACAAACUUGACACAUUGUUGAAUACAGUAACUGAAAAUAACAAAAUUACAAACACGAAUGAGCAUAAAAUAACUUACAUCAUAUGAGUGAAAGUACUGGAAAAUGACAAAGGGAAAUAAACAAGAACACUUACAAGACGAAUGUGACCAAACCAAAGACGAAAACAUGAAACCCAGAGCUAGAUAUUAUGUAACAAUAAUUUUCGCAAACUAGACAACUAACCAAAUAAAUUACGUGCGAACAAUAUAUAUACAAUAUGCAAAUAAAUAUAACAAGUACAAAACUGGUAACUGACAAAGGACACUAAUAAAAACAAGAACACUUAACACGAAACUAUGAAACACUAACACUAACAAAAAAUGAUAAUACAAAUUCUUGUGCCUACAUGGCUAUAUUGACAUUUUUAAUCAAGAAAUGUUUUAAUGUGUGGAAAAGUAUUAGUCAAGGGCAUUUAAUCAAAAUUGUUGUUUGAGGAAACAAAUGAAAAUGUGUUUGCCAUUAAUCCAACAAUUAACUGAUAAUUAUUAUUUGUUAAUGGAAAAAAAUCAGUCUUAAUCCAUGGAUCUAAAGUAAAGCUUAAUUCCUGUCUUCUGUAGGUCUCUCCUGGAUGACGGGCUUCUCCAGUUAUCCUAUUUUUGUGGUGGAAUUUUGUCCAAUGUUAUGCUGGAGUGGUCUGAUGACAGAGAGCCAAUGUCACACAGCAAACAGUAUUUACUUCAUAGGCUGGUAGAUAUUAGCAGUCUUACAUCAGGGCAUGGUUGCAAAUUAACAAUAGAAGGCUUUGAAUACCCUUCUGUAAAAAAGUCAUCUUUGGGUUGCCAUUUUUUCAUGAGUUUUUUCCAAAAUAUAAGGCAAAGUUGAGCAAAUUUUGUAUUGACAGUUACUUUGAAAAUCAGAAAAUUAUAACUUUAGUCCCUCAUACAAGUAAAUCUAGAUAUCAUAUCUAGAAAAGUGAGGAAAUUUUGUACAUUUUUUUUUCAUGGAAACAUUUUUAAAAUUGUAUGAGUCCAUUUAAGUGACUUCACUUCUUGAGCAGGGACUAGAAUGGAGUAAGUGAAAUUAGGGAGAUGAGGGUGGGGACAUGAUCUAAAAACAAGACUCCAGGUGUAAAAUUUUUUUCACUCAAAUAUCUCAGGUUUAAAAAUUUGCCCCCACCCCUCACCCCUCACCUCUCUUAAACCUCAACACCCUAACAUCAUUAUGCAUAUUCUCCAUACUGUUCUCCAUAAAUUUCUUAAGGUGCUGGAAGGAGAACUUGUCUAACAAUCAAGAGCCACUUUAAUUGGUGAUCAGUUCCUUUAUUCUCGUGAGUAAUGUGCGAUUGAGAGGCAACAUUGUAAGGAGAAAUUAGAUGGUAAUCACUUUUGUGACAGCAACAGUGUUCAGGUAAAAAUGUUGCGUUUUUCUCUUUAUCAGGAACAAGCUGUGAACCGAUGGGAAUUUCCUGCAGACCAGUUUGUUAGAUAUAAGUUUGUAUAUCUUUUUGCAAGAUUAUCUUUAUCAAGUACUGGUUAUUUUUUUAUCUUUUCAUGAAUAGAACACAACAGAAUUGUACAAGCCAUAGGGCAAGUGAAAUUUGUAGUCUUCGAAAAAUUUACAAUUGCUUAUUUAAACCAAACUGCAUGAGAAAUCAUGUUGUUACCUAUUAAUGUAUGAGAAAAAAUAAUCACAGAAGGUUCAGUCUGGUGAGAAUUCAACAGUUCACAUGUUAUUUUUAAUUUGCACUCAUGUGACAUGAAAAAUGCACCUGUUUUCAGCCAAUUAGAUGUUCAUAAUUUUUUUUAUGUAUAUCAUAGCAGAUCAAAAAUUGAUUCUUACAGUCUCCUGUGGGAGGCACUAGUUGAAGUUUGUGUACAAUAAAUAUUAAAAUUGUCACCCUUUUCCCCAUUUUCUGUCAGGUCGUUCAGAUCUUUUGUCCCACUCCUCCAGUGCGCUAUGCCUGCUGUGCAGAUGUGGGCUUUGUGGGGAAUCAUAAAUGUCUGCACCACUAACAGUAAGCACCUCUUGAUCUCAAAUUGUUUGAACAGUCCCCUGGCUAAUAAACAACUCAGACAGGAUGAUGCAUUUGAUUUUUGUAAGGCUGAGCUUAGAUAGAAACCUCUAUUUGACCCCAUUGAUGGUGCUGACAUAAAUCCCAACCCCCCAGUGCAAUCCUUUCUGUGCAGGUCAGGCAGGGUACCUUGAAGUUUGCUCAAUUGGUCAUGUAAUGUAUAGCAAGCAAAUCUAGCUAUGAUCAUCCUAAAAUUCUUGCCUUAUUUACACUCAAGAUUUAGGAGCUGGUCUUGUUAUGCUUAAUUGGUAGACAACUGUCACAAUUUAUUGAAUUUGGGACACAAACUUGCACACCUUUCUCAUAUGAACAUGGAAAAGUUUAACCCUUUGACCUACAGUUUCUCCUUACAAUAUCACACAUAAAGGUCAUGAGAAGAAAGGAAAUGAUCAACAACAAAAGAAGUUCUUAAUUUUUAAACCAAUGCUCCUUGUUAAUACAUGUCUUACAAAAGACAAGAUUGAAAACUUUUGGCAAAAGUUUUCAAGAUAUGUAAGUGUGAUGCAGUCCUAUUAUGAAGAUUACCUACUCAUGGCAAUGAAAUGAUCAAGAGCUGAAUUGACAGACAAUCAACUCAUCACAAAUCUAAUCUUUUUUUGCAGUGCAACAUUAUGACCCUCUUCUUUCUGAUGUUGAAAUCCCAGAUAUUGUUCAGAGGGUCUUAAAAACAUCACACAAUGGAGUCAGAGAGCUGGCACAAAAGCUUUUAAAUACUGUGGUCAAUUUUGAGCCAAGUCAGAAAAAGAGAAAAUCUUAACUAUUGUGAAGGGACUUUCAAUGACAACCUUAUAACAUUUGACUGGGAUUAAGUUUACUUUUUGACGCUUAAAAAGCAAUAUUAUC